AGGUAACCUUCCAACCAACAACGACGUUCUCUAUUUAUACCCUUAUAAUAUAUAUCGACGGGCUCCGGCAGCAGGCUCAGUAGCUGAAAGGGAAGGUAAUCCGGAUAUGUUCGCAAUUCAACCAAUGCGCCCGCGCAAAUCCGUUCUCGCUGCCAUCGCCGUGUUCACCGUCGUUGCGCUGACCCUGUCUCUUCUAACGAUCAACGGACAGCUGUCGUCGACUUUCGAGGGUGUUCGCGGUAUGAAAAACCCCCCAGUUGAAGAAGUUGCUGACGCACCUCCUCGCGAGCCAGUGGGCACGCUUAAUCCGAUCACUAUCGAUCAUCAACUUCCUGCAGUUGCUGCCGCCAAUAUCGUAUCUGGCAUGCACAGCACCCCUCUUUUCAUCGGAUUCACUCGCAACUUCCCCCUUCUCCUCCAGACCGUCACGUCAUAUGUCGCCGCUGGCUGGCCUGCUUCCCAGAUCCACGUCUUCGACAACUCUGGUACGAUGGACAGCAAUGAACUUGGACUUUUGACUCCGUCCAACCCGUUCUUUUGCAACUAUACUAUGUUGACGGAUGUGUACGGAGUCAACGUUGACUGGACACCAAGUCUUCUGACUUUUGCGCAACUUCAAAACCUCUACAUCUCCACCGCCAUCAAAAACAAAUGGGACGCCUUCUUUUGGUCGCACAUGGACGUGGCUAUUCUGCCCGACUCUGACGCCGAGAACUUCGAAUCGUUCUACUCUCGCGUACUGUCUUGCGUGAAGGAACACACUGCUUCGCCCAAUUGGGGGUUUCUCUGGUUUAGGUACGAUUGGCUUUCCUACGUCAACGUCAAAGCGAUGAAGUCACUUGGCGCUUGGGAUCCGCUCAUUCCCUAUUAUACCACCGACUGCGAUAUGAACGCUCGCCUUAGGCUUUCGGGCUUCUCUACCGCCGAAUGUACUGCGGGACACAUUUUUGACGUCGGAGCUGCCAUCGCAAACCUUUCCGAUUUCUUCUUUGAGCCCAAGGACAUGGACCAUUAUCGCGAGCUUAAGGUAGAGCUGGAUGCAUUACACGACGAUAAGCACGGCCACCCGACCGGGAGAUUGUCUUGGCAGAAGGGCCAAACUGGCGGCGAGGGUGAACCCUUUUACGUUGACCCCAACGGUUUCCAGCGCGGGUUGGACGUCUGGAUCAACACGGGUAAGGAUGUGUACGCUGAGAAAUGGGGCAUGGGUCCCAACUGCGGACUCGAAGGCAAGACGCUUCAAGACAUGUGGCACUGGAGGGACCGUCGUUGAGGAAUUGUUAGUGACGCUGCGAUGCCGCUGGACGGCCGCGAAGUGUGUGAGGACGGACGACUAUUUCAUAAUGGAUAUCACCAGCAUCGAUUAGGUGACGGACUAUUCUUACAUGCGGAAAAUACCAUCAAUAGAACCGCAUCUUUACCAAACAAAAUUCAUAUUUCCAAGA